AUGGAAAUUAUAUUUUAUUUGUUAGAUGAUAGUUUUAUAAAAACCAUCUUAAAAUAUUUUUCAUUUUUAAUUAGGCGCGCCUGUUCCACUUCCCCGUCACUCAACCCUACACACACAAAGUGCCCUUUCGAAACCCUAAAAUUCCUCCUCACACUCCUCGACUUCCCUUCCACCACCUUCGCAUCCAUCCACAUCUAUGAUCAUGAACCUUUCAGAGAACUUGGCAAUUCCUACCUCCUCGCCGGCGGCAGCGAAGGCAUCGUCGCUUCCCAAGCCAAUUCCAUCCACGACGAUGGUCGUUCCUACAUCCGAUUCGAGAAUAUAACCUUCAGGAGAACCAAAGCUUCAACUAAGGCACGCGGUUCGGUGUCAUUACACAUCAUAAUUUUUGAGGCUGUUGAUCGUAAUGAUAUAGGUGGUUCUGCUUAUGGUGGACAACGGGAAAUUUGUUGCAGUUCUGAUUUAGCUAAGAUGAGAGUUUGUAAGCAAUGGGAGAUUAUUAGGAGACCUUUUGCAACAAACAUUAAUUGGGCAGUCAUUUUGGAUGUACAAUUCAAAGGCAGAUCUAAAACUGCAAGUCUAAAUUCUCAGAAAGUUUCUAUCACAAAGACUGGAAUGUAUAAUUUGUUUUUUGUAGCUUGUGAACCCAAGCUCAAGGGCAUAGUAAUGAGUGGGAAGACAGCAUGGAAAAACCCUUAUGGGUAUUUACCUAGUAGGAUGGCCCCACUAAUGAGUGGGAAGACAGCAUGGAAAAACCCUUAUGUUUGCCUUAACAUCAUUUGGUUUUUUCAAUAUGUGAGAUUUUGGGAUGAUGUACUGCAACUUCAGCACUGUAUCAUAACUGUCAUUGCUCUUGGAUUGUUUGAGAUGAUUCUCUGGUAUUUUGAGUAUGUGAAUUUCAACAAUACUGGAAUGAGACCUAUUGUGCUCACAACAUGGGUUGUCACUGUUGGGGCUAUAAAAAAAUCAAUAUCACGACUUCUUAUUCUCUCUGUUUCAAUGGGUUAUGGUGUUGUGCGACCCACUUUGGGUGGUCUUACAUCAAAGGUUCUUUUACUUGGAAUAACUUACUUUCUAGCAUCCGAGUUACUGAAUAUUACUGAAUAUGUGGGGACCAUCAAUGAUGUGUCAGGAAGGGCAAGACUCCUAGUUCUUCCUGAUGCUUUCUUAAAUGCAUUUUUGAUAUUAUGGAUUUUUACAUCUCUUUCAAGAACACUGGAGCAGUUACAAGUAUCUUUUCCUCAAAUUCCUAUUAUUUUCCAGCAGCUAUAUUUUCCCUAUUUUGAAUCUCUUACUAUCUUGUUUUCUCAAUAUGUUUGAUUUUGUGUGUGAUUUUCUCAAUAUGCUUUCUUAAAUGCUUAGCAAUUCUCAAUAUGUUAA